AUGUCAGCAGUCAAGGACAUACCACUUCAAACAAUUCAAAUACCAUCACAAUCGCCCCUCACAGGGGAGAAGGCUCCUGUUCUCCCCUGUGACGAAGAAUCAUCUGUUGCAUCUAUAGAUGAUGGAUUCUUCUUUCGUGAUCAACAGAUAGUUACGAAUCAGAAAGUUCACCACAAUGAAUCUUUAAAGGAAAUAUGUUCCGAUGAUGAUGAGUCGAGUUUAGAUAGUAAUUCGAAGAAAGCGAUUCAACAGGACGAGAAAGAUGUGAAACAAAAAGAUUUAGGUACAAGCAUUCAGGAUAAGAAACACAGCAAAGCGAUAUUAGAAAGUACUUCUGUACGUCGCAAUUUCCGAUUAAAUCAUAUUGGUCAAGUUGCGAAGAAACAUAUAUCUUUGCCGAAGAACUUAAAGAAUCCUUUCAGCAAGAGUCAAAAAAACAUCGUGCAUAGAACUUUGAAGAAUUCAUUUGGUCAGAGUCAUAAGAAAAUUGAGACGCAAGUGUCUCAUACGACUUUGGUCGACAUACAGGUUGAAGACUGCCGUCAAUACACGCUCGGAGAAAAAUCGUUCUCGUCAUUUUCCAUUACCUCUAGUGAUAAUAAGGACAUUUCAGAUUGCAAAAGCAUUCAUAGACAGCUCAAGGCAGAAAAGAAGUCUCCCAUAAAUCAGUUCAAAUAUAGUAGCAUAGAAUCAGCAUUGGAAUCCGAAUGUACCAAAAACAACAAGAAACAUAGUUCCAAUAAAGAGAAAAAAUCUGAAGAACAAGAGACAGAACGUAACAAUGAAAAGUCCGCAGAAUCUACCAAGAAAUUUAUGUGGGGUAGUAAAGGUAAUAAAUUUUCGAGUAAAAGCUUCGACAAACCGUCUAAAGAUCAGGUAAAAACUGAUUCCAUGGAGAAGAAAUUAAAAGCUAAGAAACUAAUUUGCAGUCCUUUGAGAAAAUUGGGUCGGUCAUCUUUGACAAUCGAGCCAGAUAAAAUUAUGAUAAAUUUGCCAAAGUGUUCUCCCUGCGCUUGUAGAUUGGCUGCUAGCUCAAAAAUUUUAUCCAACGAUACCGGUUUAUUCUCUCGAUUCACGAGUCGUGAAAGUCCUCAUCACAUCGUACGUUCGAGGAGUCCGUCACACGUGGAUGCGCAAACGGACGUUUGUUCGAAAUCGUCGGAGAAGACGUCGGUGCAAGCCAAUCUGUUUCCAAACGUGCAACAAUUUCAAAAAUCGCGAUACACUCCGAGAAGCAGAAGCGUAGGCGAGUUGUGCAACAUAGUCAACAAGUGAAAUAAGGUCGAGUCACUCGUCUAAAUAGUGACGUAUCUGGAAGAAGCUUCAACAAACAUCGUCUGAAUCAACUGUAGAGAGACUUAGCGUCUCGCAAAGUUGCCGUUCCAAUAAUUCUUCCACGCAAUUAACUUGCUUUGAGAGAAGAAACUGUUAGGUUUAUACGCACGACACUUAUCCGGGGCUGUAACAGUGCUAGUGAGAGAGAGACUGUGCACACACAAAUACACGUAUGACGCAUACACAUAAAAUGAAUAUAUUUCUAGAGAUACGAGAUAAUAUAUCUGUGCAUACUAAAUAUUCUUAUUAUAUAUGUACACUCGCGUGUGUGCAUGUGGCAAAACCAUUACGCAGGGUCAACUGCGAAACAUUGUUACGACAAAUAAUGUCGAGUAUUACUAUUACUUUUAUGAUUAUUCUCCUUAAGAUUGAGGGAGUUGAAUUUUAAUUACGCAUUAAGAUAUCGAUGGCUUACUGCUAAGGAUGUGCUGGAAUCCCGAAUUUUUAAUGAAACGAGACAGAAAAAUUUGGGCGAGAUUAAACACCUUGUGAGCGAAGGUCGAAAAUUUCUUUCCUGUAAAACGAAUCUUAGCUUCUGCCCACGUAGAUCUACCCCCACCCUCACUGCAUGCUUUCAAAUGCAAUCUAUAGUCAUGUCAGGUGCACACGAUAGACUGUGAAACAUCGUUCAGGACUCUGUAUGUUAAUACAGUCACUGCUACGCAGAAUUCUGUAAAUCUGUAAAUUUAAGUUUCUAAAUUUUCAAAUCUGAAGUUUGUACAUACGAAAAUUUGAAAACUCGUGGGUCAACUACUGUUAGGAAAUUGAGUGCAUCCAAUUUUUUCCGAGUCAAUCCGAAGUUGGAUUUUACGCGUACAGAAGAUUGAAUCGAAUUUCGAGAUCUCGAAACUUUCGGAAUCUCUCGAAAGUAUCAAGAUUUGCCAAUCUUGUUCAAACUUUCUCUGUCUUGUUCUAAAAAUUGGGGUUUCAAGACUUAGGAUACACAUACUUCUACUUACUACACAAAUAUUGUAUAUCCACUUUUAGUAUUUUUGGGAAAAACGGAUUUAAAGAUUAAAUGGUACUUUAUACUAUAUUAAAUAUUUCUUGCGUUGAGUUUAACACCUUAUGAAUGUAAUACAAUUAUAAUUUAAAGUAUUUAAAUAGCAAUAGAAAUUAGAAUCUACAAAAUUAUAAAUAUUUGUACAACCAGAAUAAUAAAUUCAGGGAUGUACAAUAAAAAAUAUUCUUAUUUAAUUUAUUAAAUAGAUAUAAAUUGUGAUUUUUGUACAGUAUAAAGAGAGACUUAAGAACUAUUUGUUGCUUAUGAAACUUAAAUUUGAAAAAUGUAGGUAAACAAUAUUUGUACAGUGAAUCAUUGAUAUCUUGUGUGUCACUAUAAAUGCUACGAUGGACCGUAGCUGAUAUGGGACAAGAAAGUUCCUCGCUGAACCUAUGCUUCUUAAAUUCAAUUGAGAAAGAGGAAGAAGUUUUGUAAGGACUCCAAUUGUUUUGUCAUACCAUUAUUCGCUUAAAUUUUUAUUUUUCAUGAACAGAAGCAGUAUAAUAAUGUUAAUGAAUGAAAGACGUAUGCAUUGUGUGUUUUUUUUAAUGAAUCAUUCUUAGGAAUUAGGUUCAGCGGUGAAACCGCAUGUUUUUUAUAAGCAAAGUGCUGUCUCACCAAGAGACCCAGCGUGUACAUGAUAACUGUGCCGGUAAUGAGAACAUUUUGUUUUUUUUAUAUUGACCCACAGCGAAGGCCUGUGCAGUGAGCAAUGGAAAUCUUCCAAGGUAGCGAAGAAUCAUUUUAGGAUAAAGACAAAAAAGUUCAGAUGGGUAGCGCGUUAAGGAAUGGUAUGAAGUGUGGUGAGACCUUGUCAGAUGAUGCUAUCGAUUUUAAAUGGACAGUGAACGAGAUUGACGGUCUUGUUAACAACAAUAAGAAAUGCAACUAGAUAGGGACAAUAUUACUGCCAAACUUGAUUAUGAAUUAGUUUAUUUCUAAGGAGGUGAGUCGUUCGGAGGACCUUGUCUAUAGUACAUGUAAUUAAUGUAUGCGACAACGUGAAACGAUCGCGCGGAGCCAAUGGAUCGAAUCGGUGUGUUAAUACAUGUAUGUAUAUCCCUCGUAGAAGAUGUUUUCUUUUUCUUUUUUUCUCCAUUCACGUUUAUUAUCAGCAUAUCUACCCUCCCGUCCUCUGUCUUCUAAAAUAAAUUACUGUACGCAUACUUUAGAUUACGAGUAUGAAUUGAAAUUGCAUUUGAAUGGAUGAACGAACAGGGAAAGUGAAUAUAAAAUUACUGGUAACUUAAUGAGAAAUAAUUACAGAGAUUUCUAUUAAUUUGCUAGUGGUUUUAGUACUCGUAUUAUUUUUAUAUUAACACAUUUGCCACUUAUUAAAUUUUAAAACUGUCGCCAAAUUUCAGAAGAGGUUUUCGAUGAAAGGUCUAAAAGAAGGGAUUGACGCAAGGAAUAUUUUGGCCGAAUUAUCUUGUAUGUAAGGCGAUUCUUUUAAUUCAUUGCAUCUUUUCUGUACUCCCUUAUUUUUUACUUAAUGCAAAGAGGUUUCUUUUAGAACUGGAUUUUAAGUCUGCCAUGUUCUGCAUUUAUUAUAUAGAUCAGAGGAUGUUUAGAGAGUGUAAUGGAUCCUCAAUGAGUCAACUUUAAAGGAAAUAAAAAAAUAGGUAUAUUGCAAGUAUUUUAAGUAGUUCACUUUAUGAACACCUUGUCUGGCUAUAUCAUUAGUUAUAAUAGAAGACUGAAUAUAUUUGUACAGAAGAGGCGACUGGCUCAAAAUGUGUUAAUACCUUGAAGCUUUGCUUAACAAUUUGCACGUGAAAGGAUAUUUGUAUUCACUUUCCUAUAAUAUUCUCGUAGAAUACUCUAUGGUACAUAACGGUACCGACAUAAGAAGUCUGAGACUUCUUUUCCAUUGGCUUUCACGUAGCCGCUGUUACUCGAUUUAUAUCGAUCGCAAUUCUAAUAUCUAUUUCGUAACCUGUGAACAAGAAAAAAAGAAAAGAACGAAAAAAAAUUUAUACUGUUGUUUGACAAAAUAUCCAGUUUUAUAGACGGAUGUAUUAUCCAACGAGCGAUCGUCACAUUCAAUAAAGACAUUCGCAACAAACAAAAGUGAUCCGUUGCUCAGAAGAAGAGAUUAGUCGUUUGUAAAACUGGAUAAAAGAAAAAAAUUAAGGUAACUUUUGUACAGCAUAUAGUGAAAC